AUGCCCGGAAACGCCGUGAUCCCCUCGUUGGCGACAGAGCCAGUGCCCGCACAUGGAUCGACAUUCGACAUUAUCGUUGUCGGUGCUGGAGUGCUUGGAUCUGCCUUUGCGACCACCUUUGGCAAGCAGGGAAAGCGCAUUCUCCUUCUCGAGAGAGACUUGAAUGAGCCAGAUCGCAUUGUCGGAGAACUGCUUCAGCCUGGUGGAUACAAGGCUUUGAAGGAACUUGGACUUGAGGACUGUCUGGAGGGCAUCGAUGCUAUCCCCACUUAUGGAUACGGCAUCAUCCGUGGAUCAGAACAUGUCCACAUCCCAUACUUGAUCGACCCCAAGACCGGAAAACAGGAUCAGGGAUGCUCUUUCCACCAUGGACGGUUUAUUCAGAAGCUUAGAACCGCUGCUUCCCAGGCACCGAAUGUCACUAUCGUCGAGGCGACAGUGAAUGAGACGAUUCACGACGAGGAUGGCGUUCGUGUGAUGGGAGUGAGCUGUACACCCAAAAAGAGCAGCGGAUCUGGGGAAUCCACAGGAACUUCAACGGUCACCACUCAGUACUUUGCACCCCUGACCGUCAUUGCUGACGGCGUCUUUUCAAAGUUCCGCAAGCAGUUCAUCACAAAACCCGUCUCCGUCACCUCACACUUUGUCGGGUUCAUUAUGAAGGAUACGCCAUUGCCAUACCCUAACCACGGCCAUGUCCUGUUGGCCUCCCCCUCGCCCAUUUUGAUGUACCAGAUCUCAGAACACGACACCCGCAUCCUCGUCGACAUUCCGGGAAAGCUCCCCUCGGCCAGCACAGGCGCAUUACGCUCCUACCUCGAAACCAUCGUCCGCCCUCAAUUGCCUGAAUCCUGCCAAAAAUCCUUCAUGCAAGCUCUUGAGACUGAACGUCUCCGGUCCAUGCCCAACAGUUUCCUCCCUCCUUCGACGAGCUCAGAGUUGGGAGUUAUUUUGUUGGGCGAUGCGAUGAAUAUGCGUCACCCUCUGACUGGAGGUGGUAUGACGGUGGCGUUGAACGAUGUUGUGUAUUUGAGGGAUAUGUUGAAUGGCGAUGUGACCAAAGAUCAGGAGGAGACGAUGGUCCAGAUGGAGCUGUUCUUCUGGAAGCGGAAGGAGCUCAGUGGUGUCAUUAAUGUCCUUGCUCAGGCACUUUAUGCCUUGUUCGCUGGUGGAGACGAGAACUUGAUUGUGCUUCGCGACGGAUGCUUCAGCUACUUCAAGAUGGGCGGCGAAUGCAUUAAUGGCCCUGUGGGUCUGCUUUCAGGAGUUACACGUCGCAGGAUGGUGCUCGUGUACCAUUUCUAUGCGGUUGCGUUGCAUUCGAUCUGGUUGAUGUUCCAUAAGGCGACUUGGGCCGAGGUACCGGCUACUUUCUUCCAGGCGUUCAGUGUCAUGUGGACUGCUUGUGUUGUUCUUCUCCCCGUUAUGUGGAGUGAAUGCAAGGCAUAA